CAGAACAAACCAACUUCUCACACAGGUGGAUGGUGCUGCCAAGGGAGAACGCGUGCUGCAGCUUUUAAUCCAGCAGAGGACGCUGUCUCACAAGUCUUUGUUAUAGGCCUUCCUCCCUCCGCUGGAGCAAGAUACAUCCAUGUUGAUGACAACCCUUAGGGGGCGGCACAAAUGUCCUGGUCAUGCAGGUGAUACAAUGGAGACUGGGUCUGAUUGACAGGCGGUGGAAGAUGACACCACAGGUGGAUGCGCUUCCUGCACACACGAUUGCACCAGGAGACCAGGAGACGAGGGCGCCCGUGUGCUGGUGAGAAGCUCAUUAGAAACGCUCAAAAGAAUUUCGACUCUCAUCCUCAAGCAUAAUUCCUGACCCGUCACCAGAAAAACGACAUGGCGUACAGAGGCAGCGUUCGACCUUUUGUCAACUUCAACGGCAAACAAGACGCCGAGCUUCUCCACAAAGCCAUGAAGGGACUCGGGACAGAUGAAGACGCCAUCCUCAUGCUGCUGGCGGCGCGCAGCAACGAUCAACGGCAGCAAAUAAAGGCGGCGUACAAACAGGCCUACGGAAAGGAUCUGCUCAGUGCUCUCAAGUCCGAACUUGGGGGUCUCUUUGAGAGUCUCAUCGUGGCCUUGAUGACCACGCCCGUCCUGUAUGAUGCUACCUUACUGCACAAGGCCAUCAAGGGCGUCGGCACUGAUGACGAUGUGCUGAUUGAGAUCUUGGCCUCUAGGAGCGGCCGGCACAUUAGAGACGUCGUUAACGUCUACAAGAAAGAGUUUGGCAACAAGCUGGAGAAAGACAUCUGCAGCGACACCUCGGGACACUAUCAGAAGCUUCUGGUGAUCCUCCUGCAGGGGAGCAGGGAGGAAGGAGUCGACGAGGCAAAGAUCGAGAAAGAUGCAAAGGACUUAUACGCAGCAGGCGAAGGCAAAUUUGGCACAGAUGAGGAGAAAUUCAUCACAAUCCUCGGCAACAGGAGCGCAGAACAUCUCCGAAAAGUGUUUGAGGCCUACAAGAAGCUGUGCGGCUCCGACAUCGAGGACAGCAUUGAGGGCGAGACCACUGGGAAUCUGGAGAACUUGCUGCUAGCCGUCGUGAAAUGCACCAGGAGCGUGCCAGCUUUUUUUGCCGAGUCGCUGUACAGAUCAAUGAGGCGUGCCGGGACAGAUGACGACACCCUGAUGAGGAUCAUGGUGUCCAGGAGCGAGGUGGACAUGUUGGACAUCAAGGCGUGUUUCAAGGAGACAUACGGAACCUCACUUUACACCACCAUCCAGGUAGGCUUCUAUUUCUGUAUUUAUAGACCCCGCCCCCUUCCCCAGCGGCACUCCGAAACACAUUUAAAGCUUUAAACGUGGUCUUGAUGGUCCAAAUUUCGCAAACAAGCUUCAGCUCCAUACAUUACGUUUAGCUAUCAAUGCAGGAACUAGUCUGGCUGGGCGUCAAAGAAACAGAAAGUGAAAAGUGAUCAACAGAAUAUUAAUAUUUCACGUCUAAAUCAGUCCCAGUCUGGCACAUGGCUUUUAAAUAUGCCAUACGGUGUCGUCCAUAUGUCCAUAUAAGUAGAAUAAUGACACGUAAACAUUCC